GAUGGAUAUCACUCAAAAUCAUUUAUUAAAGAUAUAUAAAAGGAAUUUUAAAGAAUUAUUAAAGGAUAUUGUAACUUUUGAACGUUUUUGUUCAAGUUUAAUUGAAUGGAAUAUUUUAACGAUCAAUCAUAAAGAAAAAUUUCAAUACGAAAUUAAUAAAAUAAAGGAAAUUAAGGAUAAUCUAUUUGAAGAAUUAUUUCGUAUUAUUGCCUGUAACGAUACUGCUGUAAUUUUAAACUGUCUGCAUAGUUUAGGCUCUGAGCAAUGUUUAAAGUUAACCUCCGAAAUAAGUAGAACGUGGGAAAGAGUAAUUGAGCGAAUGAAGGAAAAGUUUAAAAUUGAUUAUUCAACUAUAUCUAUAUCGCCGUUUGAUGAUGAAAAUGCUAUACCCAUUGAUAAGAUUCUGACACCUAUGACUCUAAUUAGAAUUGAUAAGAAUCUAACGGACGAAGAAGGUCAUAUUGAAUAUCUAGAGGAUGUUGACAACUUCCUUUUAUCUAUUAUCUCGAGUAGAGGAAAUAGAAUUAUAAUAAGGGGUCCACCUGGUAUUGGUAAAACUGUACAUAUGAAAAGAUUGGUUAAUCAAUGGAUAAAUAAUCAUUUAAAUACAAACCAAAUAGACAUAGUUUUAGUUAUAUUAUUAAGAAAGGUCAGAAGAGGUCAAUCACUUUUAGACGCUAUCUGGGAACAAAAUUUUAUUCAUAUAGAAUGGUUAGAUAAAGAGACGCUCAACUAUUUGUUAAAAAUAAAUAUGAAAUCAAAUAUCGUACUAUUUUUAGACGGUGCCGAUGAAUUCCAUAUAAUUGAUAACGAAAUUCAUUCAAUUCUUGAAAAUAGAGAAAAUUCCUUUUCAUCAUUUACUAUUGUUGUCUGGUCUAGAGAAUGGAAAGCUCACCGUAUUGAUGUAACCUACGAUUUUAUCUUCCAGUUGUGCGGAUUUGACGAAAACCAAUUGUUAAUCUACUAUAGAAAAUGCUUAAAUGAAAAUAGAGGUAACGAAUUAGUUGAUUAUUUAAAAAAUAACAAUAUGGACCUAUUUAAAACCUGUUCAACGCCUUUAAUAGCGCUUUUAGUCUGGUUGGUUUGGAAGGAGGAAGAAAAUCAUAAUAUUGUUGAGAAUCAUUUUUUAAUAUAUGAUCAAUUCAUUAAGAUUCUCUGCUUUAAGAGAAAUGUCAAUAGGGAAACUAAAGAAUUUAAAUUGGCCUUUCAGUACUGUUGCGAAUUGGCGUUCAAACAUUUAGGAAAUGAUCGUAUAGUCCUUGAAUCUAAUAAGAGUAUUCAUCAUUUAAAAUACGUUACUGAAUGCCUUGGAGGUCUUUUAAGAGUUAUUAAUAUUAAAUAUACAACAGAGAGACCAUCGUCAAUUGAGGAAUUUCAAUUUUUUCAUCUGUCAAUACAAGAAUAUUUUGCAGCCAAAUAUAUAAUAAAUGAGAUGAAGAAGAGAUCGUCUGGAAGUAGAUUAUCCCAUGUUCUGGAAAUGUGUACAGGAGGACGUCAUGAAUUCUCGACCAAUAUCCAAAGUCUAUUGGAUGUAAAUGGAAAUUUAUAUAGAAUGUUAAACGUUCUAAAAUUCGUUAAAGCUCUUGAUUUUUCCGUCUACGAAGAGAUUGUUACGAGAAAGCCGGACGUUGUAAAAGCGUUAGAGAAUGUUAGCGACGGAAUAGGAUCCAUCAUUAACAAUGGUCCUAAUAAUAAUACAAUCACUAUAAAGCAUGAAAUCUUAUCAAUAUCGAUUAUUCAAUUAAUAAUUGAAAGAUAUUGGUUUAUUAUACAAAAAUUAUGUCUAAUUAAUAUAGAACUCGACUGGGAUAACUUUAUUAAAAUGGCCGAUGGAAAAUUAACCAAAACCUUAAUUGUAACAAUUUAA